CAUAUCAGGAUAACUGUAUGAAGGUUCAACAGCUCCACCCAGUGGACGUUAUCGGAACAGCACUUUUACCUGUGUCGACAACGUAUCACUGUUGAUAUCUAUGCGAGAGUAGUUGGACAACUGUAAACUAAUCUGUUAUCGCGACAGAAGUGUCGCUAUGUAAUAUACACUUUUUGUUUACAGAUACGUAUAGCUAGAUAAGUUAAUUAUUAGUGGGAAACUGACGACUCUACCGCCUCUACUUCUCUCUCGUGUCGACGUAAACCUCGCCACAAUCAGGAAGUCCGGGGAUUUUGUUUUCGGUUUGUGAAACUUAAAUGGUCAGAGAUACACCAUCUGUUAACGACUGAUAAUGAAGACCCACGUUGAUUAACACUUAAAGUAAAUUUAUGUAUAUAGUGUAUUUCAUUAUAGCAACAUUAAUAACUUAUUUUAACCGUGAUUCGUUGGAUUUUGACUUUGCGAGUGUGAGGGAUGGAUGUUCCUCAUCUCACUGAAGAUGAAAUGGCAGAGAUUAAAAAAGACGUGCUGACUAGAAUGCGUCACUAUCUCUGUAACACAAUCCGAGCCGAACGUCACCUCGACUACCUGAGAUCUCGCAGGAUCCUGACACGGGACGAUGCAGAGGAGAUCAGCUGCAGGACCACACAGACAAAGAGGGCUGCUAUGUUGUUGGACAUCCUGGCUGAGAACCCCCGCGGCCUGGAUGUUUUGAUUGACUCCAUAAGGGAGAUGCGCUCACAAAACUUUAUCAUCACCAAGAUCACAGACGAGGUGCAAAAGGCCAAAAAUGAGAAGAUCGAGUCCCUCAGAGUAGGAGCUGCCAGUUCUUCAUCUGAAAGCAACCAAAGCUCUCCAAGCUCAACCAUCGACCUCCCCACGGCAUUUUCAAAUAACUCCACCCUGCUCUUCCAUCCAGACGGAGAACGAAGCCCUUCCACUUCAGACAUAGCAGGCUCACUCAAUCUGCCAUCAUUACAGAAAGGUGGCGACUCGCCUUCCACAGCUGGUGUUAGCUUCUCCACAGCUUCCUCCAGCCUCCCAAGGCCUGGAGAACCAGGAGCUCCUCCGCUGCCAGAUGAGAUGAUGAUGGAAGACUUCAGGCGGAGGCUCAAGUACUUCUUUAUGAACCCCUGUGAGAAAUACAAAGCCAGGGGGCGCAAACCAUGGAAACUGAUGUUGCAAAUAUUAAAAAUUGCAAUCAUCACAACCCAGUUAAUGUCUUUUGGCCUGAGCAAUGAAAUGAUGGUCACCUUCAAAGAAGAAAACCUGAUGACAUUCAGACAGCUAUUUCUCAAAGGACACACAGCCCGCCACCUGGGAAGCUAUGCACUGUACACAAAAACAGAUGUGUAUGAUCACAUCUACUACGUUAUCAACAGGUACAUCAAUCUCCAAAACCUGACUGUUGGUAAUCUUGCAUUUGAGAGGGUUAAUGGAGAGCGCAUUCCGCUGCUGGUCUGUCAAGAGUUUUACAGAAACAGCAGCAUUUAUCCUGGAAACGAGACCUUUGGCAUUGAUCCACAUAUUGAAAAAGAUUGUAUUUCCAUAUACCCAGUGCAGUCCCUUAACAACAGCAGUUUGGUGACACACAUAAACUUCUCCAUAGAUUUCCAAAGGCUGCUAUCAGUGAACAUCUACCUUAAUCUGAAAACCAUCAAUCUGCAGACUGUGAGGCGCCACGAGCUACCAGACUGUUACAACUUCCAUAUAAUGAUCAUGUUUGACAAUCGUGCACACAGUGGAAGAAUGAAGGUUUAUGUCAGCAAUGAUGUUACAUUCUAUGAAUGCAGAGACUGGAACAUGGAAGGCACUUCUGGAAAGAUCAACUACCCGCUCUUGUUGUUUGAUUCUGUCGUCAUCCUCGCCUGUUUCACCUCUCUCAUCCUCUGCACACGAUCUGUCAUCAAUGGCAUCCUACUCCAGUUUGAGUUUAACACAUUCUUCCACACCUACUACUAUAAAAGAGUAACGUGGUCAGACCGCAUGGAGUUUGUGAAUGGCUGGUAUAUCCUUAUCAUUGUCAGUGACAUGUUGACCGUUGUUGGGUCAGCACUCAAAAUUGGAAUACAAACAAAGUUCCUGACAAACUAUGAUGUCUGUAGUAUUUUGCUAGGAACAGCCACAAUGCUCGUCUGGGUUGGUGUGAUUCGUUACCUUGGUUUCUUCAAGAAAUACAAUAUUCUAAUUUUAACCCUGAGGGCAGCGUUCCCAAAUGUGGUUCGAUUCUGCUGCUGUGCAGCCAUGAUCUAUCUCGGCUACUGCUUCUGUGGUUGGAUUGUGCUCGGGCCAUACCAUGACAAAUUCCGAACAUUUGACAAGGUGACAGAGUGCCUCUUCUCUCUCAUCAACGGAGACGACAUGUUCGCCACCUUCCUGAAGGUGAAGGGCAAGAGCAACAUGGUGUGGUUGUUCAGCAGACUCUACCUCUACUCCUUCAUCUCCCUCUUCAUCUACAUGGUGCUCAGCUUGUUCAUUGUUCUCAUUACUGACACCUAUGAGACCAUCAAGCAAGAUAAGAUGCCAGUGUCCCAGCUUCAGGCCUUUAUAGCCAAGUGCAGGGACCAGCCUGAGUCUGGAAGAUACCAGAUUGAGGAAGAUUCAGUGUCCUGCUGCUUUGGAUGACGUGGAUGGGUGGGCCAAGAGUUGGCAUCUUUCUCAAUUGGAAGUUUUUACAUAAUUCAUUUUAUUGCCAUGUAUUCUAUAUGUAAAUAAAUUAAUA